UGCUCGUCGCUGCCGCCGCGCUGCGGGGGCCGCUGCCGGCGGGCGCCGCCACCUGCAAGGCGUGGCUGGUGCAGUCCAUCCCCACCGACAUGCCGCACCUCCGCCGCGUCCCCGGGGUCCUCUCCACCGGCGUUGAUGGAUCAUGGAUGUGGGCUGCUGCCGUCGAUUGGGGAUUAGGCGCUCGGACGGCGUAUGCUGGAAUGUGAGAUGUACUGCAGUGGCUCUCGGGUAAUGCAACCAAGAGCCUGGACAUCCUUGCACAGUACUGGCAGUUCUUAGCGCAGCCAAACAAUCCAAAAUCAGGGGAUUAUGGGUACUCCGAUAGUGACAUGAAGAGAUUUGGGGCUGAUGAGGGGCACCGGGUUUACAAGGCAUUGGAGAAUGCUGCAGAUCGUAAGAUCAAAAUCAGGAUUGUGCAACACUCAGGAUUUGCUCCUGAUUUUGACAAAGAGAGCGCCGAUCUGGCUGCAGGAAGACCAAAUGUUCAGAAUGUAACCCUUCUUUUUGAGAAGUGGUGGGGAUCUGGCGUUUUGCAUGCAAAAGUCUGGAUAUCGGAUAAAAAAGACAUGUAUAUAGGGUCAGCAAACAACGAUUGGAAAUCUCUUACCCAGGUCAAGGAGCUUGGGAUUUAUUUUGCUGAUUGUCCACAAAUAACAAAAGCUGUGGAAGUAUAUUUUCAAAAUCUUUGGUCGCUUUCAGCCCUCAACUCAACUACUUAUACCAAAGUAGCUUGGGAUAAGCAGUGGCAAGUUUCUAGAAAGGUUCCAUGCUGGUCACAUUUCCUACAGCCAAAAGAAAGAUGCAGGUCACCAAUACCACCUUCUGUUGACAUCUCAUAUACAGAUGGAUAUCCGGCACUUGCCAAUCCUGAAAUGAUUGAUGUGCCACUUGAAACCCCUGGGUACAAGAAAUCCACUCAGGAGCACUACUUGAGCUACCUUUCCUUUGCUCCACCUGAGGUGACAUUUGGCAAAUUCCAAGCAGAUGAGCAGGGUUGGGUUGACACCAUUAAAUCUGUUAAGGUUGGGGGAAUUGUAAGAAUGAAUACUAUGGAUUGGCUUGGACAGUCACAGUAUGGUACUCAAACAGUCUACUGGCCAUCCUUGUCAUCAGCAAUCUCAGAGGUAGUGUUCUCAAAGAAUGCAACUGUGAGGCUUCUCGUUGCCUACUGGACACACUUCAUCCCAAACACAGAAAACUACUUGAAGAGCCUUCUAUACUCCAACAUCCUCUGUGCAUCUUCAAAGUAUAAUCACUGUGGUGGCAAGGUCGAGAUCAAAUACUACAUGGUUCCUGGGUACAACGAGACCGGACCUGCAAUGUCUCCGGGUGGCGCUGCGACAGGGAACCGUUACCCUGACUUCACUCGGGUGAACCAUGGCAAGUACGCUGUCAGCGACGUGCGGGCAAACAUUGGCACCAGCAACCUCAUCUGGGAUUACUUCUACACGACAGCGGGAGUGAGCUUCGGAACAUACAGCCCAUCCAUUGUCUCGCAGCUGCAGGAUAUCUUUGAAGCAGAUUGGUACUCUCCUUAUACAGUACCGGUUGAACCACUGGAAGCGUCAGUGUAGGAUCAGCUCAGUUCCAGUUCAGCAUUGUCUUCUUCUUCUUCUUUUCUUCCUCACACAUAGCCAAUAAAGAAAAUCAGAGUCCCGGGAUGGACUGUGGAGUAGCAAAGAAUCAUCCAAGAGGGAUUCACACACGACACCACCAAGAUUUUUGCGCUUGUUUCGUGUAGUCUGCAAAGUUGUUUUUCACGGAGAAUAAGCUGUCUCAGUGAUAACUGUACCUCCAAAUGUACAAAUGUAAAUACUUUACAGUUCCACUGAAAUUUUUGGGUCCGAUUGACUUUGGAAUAUACAACCAUUUGUGAGGACCAGUUUGGUCACAA